GACGAAGGACUAGCGUCCGAAACGUCAUUUCAGCGGACCAUUGUGCUCGAAGGAACUUUCUUUUUCUUUGAAGACGCAAGUGAAUUCUUGACGAAACUGCAGGAAAACUAGAGAUUGCAAAAGGAUGGCUUACAGAUAUGUCCCACCUGAUGAGUUCACUCCUGAGUCGCGAGUAACUUGGAAACCCUUGAAUACCGUGACAAGCUGGAAACAAGAGGAGGAAGGAAUCGUGGACAAGUUUACCUUGAACUUUGACUCUGGACACAAGCUGUACAUCUACUUCUUUUCUCACACGAGUUUUCGUGUUCGCUUUAAUCCUGAUCCUAAUGCUCCAUAUGUAAAGAGUCGUUCCCCUGCCACACAAGUUGAGCGCAUCGAGGCACACGAAAUCAAAGUUGAAGAAAAGAACAAAGUGUUGAUCAUUGAGACUAAUCGUAUCAAGGUCAAAGUCAACCUCACCAAGUAUGCACUUUCAGUUUACAGAGGAAACCAGCUGAUCCACGCUGAUCCUGAUGAUUAUAACCUUGUCUACAUCCCAAAAGAAGCAGGCGGAGAAGCGGUGGCUAACUUCAAGAUGGCGCCGAAAAAUGCAUGCUACUUUGGCUUUGGUGAAAAAGCAGGCGUGACGCUGGACAAACGACGCGUACCUAAGCAGCACUUCUAUGGUAAUUUCGGAGGCGACAACAAAGAGAAACUGGGCUCAGCCUUAACAUUCUUUAACUAUGACAACUUUGGGUACGCCGCGCCCGAUUUGACGCCUGAAGGUGAAGUCCAGGGACCGUUGAACCCUAAUGGCCCUCUUUAUCAGUCAUCCCCAUUCCUUAUCGAACACAAUCCUAGUCCAACUGGUGACUUCAGUGGGCCGUCCUACGCGUAUGGAAUCCUGCUUGACAACACCUCCCAGACAUACAUAAAUCUAAGGCAGGGUGACCAAUAUUACAUCGGAGCGCUUCACGGUGAGCUCGAUUACUACUUCUUCGCGGGAGAUCACGUCGCAGAAGUCCUGAACGAGUUUACGCAGCUGACUGGUCGCACGAAGCUUAAACCUAAGCACGUCUUUGGCUACCACCAAGGAGGCUAUGGGUGGAAUUACAACAACAAGUGGAAGCUGAUGGAGGUUGCGCUGAAAUACCGACAAUGGAAGAUUCCUAUCGAUGGAUUGCACGUGGAUGUCGACCUUCAAGACAGCUACCGAACCUUCACUCACAGCAAAAAGAAGUUCCCCAACCCGAAGGGAAUGUUUGCUGCUCUCCAUGAUUGGGGGUUUAAGAUGUCCACUAAUAUAACCCCAAUUAUCAGCUGUAAUGCAGACGAAGAAGGAGAGCAUAGCCCUUACAAAGCACUCGAUUCAGGAAAACAGAAGAACGCGUUUGUCAGGAACACUCGUGAAGACGGAAGUGGCACCCACGAUUUUUAUAUUGGGAAUGUCAACUAUGGUCGUGGUCAUCUUACAUGGGGUCAUUAUCCAGAUUUGGGACGGCACGAUGUGCAAGAGUGGUGGGGUGAGCAAUACAGGGACCUUUUAGACUGGGGCCUUGAUUUUGUUUGGCAGGACAUGACCACACCUGCAAUGAAGGCCAGCAUUCACCAGGAUCCUUGUCCGUUUCUAUCCUUUCCUAUGGAUGUGAUGUUAUCUGAUAAUGAAGAGACAAGGUACGAUGAUCAUAGCACUCACCUUGAAGAUAAGAAGCCAUUUGCCAAGAUUCGUUGCCUGUACAACUACAACCUCUGUAAGGCUACAUACAAAGGUCUUGAAAAGCUGCAACCCGAUCGACGUCAUUUUAUCAUUGCACGAGGAGGCUUUGUGGGCGUUCACCGUUACGCAGGGCUUUGGACCGGUGACAGUACUUCCAACUGGGAAUUUGUUCGUAUUAACAUCCCUCUGAUCCUGAACAUUGGAUUAUCUGGCCAGGCAAUCUCUGGUUGUGACAUUGGUGGAUUCUGUGCAGCUUUUCAAGGACAAAUUGUUGAGCCUGAGAUGCUGGUACGGUGGACAAUAAUGGGAGCGUUUCUGCCUUGGUUCAGAAACCACUACGACAACUACUACAAACCUUACCAAGAACCUUACAGAUACAGCGAACCGGUGCCGAGUAUUUGCCGAAAGUACAUCGAACUGCGUUACCGUUUGAUUCAAUACAUCUAUGACGCAAUGUUUGGAAACACACAGACUGGAAAGCCAAUCUGCCGUCCGAUAUUCAUGGACGAAGUGAAGGUUGGAGUCUACAACAACGAUCCUGCAGCUGAUGACGAUCAUGGCUGGGGUUACUAUGGUUACGUGACGAACCGCAUGGAUGAUCAGUUUUUCCUUGGAAAGGAUCUUCUCGUUUGCCCUAUUGUCAACCCAGGGCAAACAAACCGUCCCGUCUACCUCCCCUCUGGUAGCAAAUGGUACCACUUCAAGGAUAACAAAAAGCCUCUUGAUGCACCCGUCAUGGGAGGGGUGGAGUUCGAUUUCUACGCUCCAUGGGACAAGAUGGGCUCAGACAACUGCGCACUAUACGUGCGCGAAGGUGCCAUCAUUCCUACUCGUGAGCUUGAGCAGUACAUUGGUGAGCUGUAUUCUCAAGGAAAGGACAAUCCAUUAACCUUCAACAUCUACCCUGGACGAGGCGACAAGUACACGCUUUAUCUGGAUGACGACGGUGUGACGAAUGCAGCUGAGAAGGAGCUGAAGUACAGAAUUGUGGACGUUUCACACGAAGAAACUCACAACCAGCGCCGUGUAGUUUUCAGCCGUAAACAUGACAAGUUUACUCCCAGGGAGACUUUCUAUUACGUAGCUUUACUGGCCAGCGGUGAACCCUCUAGAAUCACUGUGAAUGGAGAAGCUGUUCCAAAAGAAAAUGGCGUCAACAAUGACGAGAUGGCCGAAUCACUGGCCGGUCGUGGUUAUAAUUCCUACUACUACAAUUUCUCACUAAAUACCACUUUCAUUAAGGUCUUUGAUGUGAAGAAGGAAAUUGUAGUUGUUGCUGACUUUAGUCCUGUGAGUGCUAUGCAAGCAUAAAAGUGAAUAAGUCUACUCCGCAGGCAUCUCCUUUGCUCUCGGACUUCCUGUGGAGAGGAGAAAAAACCAAGGGGGAAGGAGGGGUUCUUCUCUGUCUCCUAUAACACAGGAAUCCCAAUAAAAUUCUGUACGAUAAAUAUGGAGUGACCUGCGGAGGCUAAAGAUGAAUGUAAUGGAAGGGGAUUAAGAGUAAACCAAUAACCAGUAAAUUAGUUUAGAAUUCUCUGGUAUUCAUGUGUUUCAAUGUUUUAAAGUUAUAUGGGAAUCAGUAGGGAGGAAACAAAACACUGCAUAGAUUAUUUUGUUUGUCUUCAUAGUUAGUCGAAUCGAAAAGUUUCAAAUUGAAAAAGAAAGGAUGUAAGAGUGUUGUUACAUCCGCAUUCUCUUGCUUUUUUUUUGCACAAGUUUCACAUUUGUUUCUUCAGGAAUUGUUAUAUCUCAAAUAUACUGUGGCCUAGUAUAUUAUGAAGGCAAUUAUUCUUGGCUUGCACGUUACGUCAUCGUGGCCAUGUUGGUGCCAUUUAACAAAAGAUUUUUCAUUAGCAUCCAUUGUUAACGGCACCACAAUGGCCGCCAUGGUUUUGUCUUUUGACUCUCUUGGGAAUGCUUGCAACCCAUCAAUAGCUGUGGGAGAUCGAGCCGCAAAUGCUGUUGGUGUACUGUGGGGAAAAUGUCCUGUUUUACGGAUAUAAGCCAAAUUUGAAGCAUUUUGACAUAAACUGAUCCAUAAACCACAACACAUGUAUUUCCCGCAUGUCUGAUAUAUUUUAGCAUAGCGCUUUCGUUCUUGGGGUUUAUAUCCUGUUUAGCUAAUGUUUCCUUUGAGUUAAAUAUGUUGCGCGUUACGCCAUCGCGGCCAUGUUGUAUUUCAGUAACAAAAGCUAUUCAACCAAAACCCGUGGCAUUUUAAUCAACUCGUAUUGUUCCGUAGUGCGUACAUUCCUUACUAUACAAUGGGCCUUAAGAACAAUUCGUACACAAUCGAGGCUAAGACUGAGCAAAGGCGAAUUCCAAACGGGGGUAUUGAGCAUCGAUAUCCAUUGCUAAUCGCACGUUUUUGUCUUUUGACUAUCUUGGGAAUGCUAUAUUAUUAUAUGUUUCGCUUCUCAAAGUCAUUUUAAUUUCACAAUUUCAUUGGAUAAAUCAUUAAUUAAUCUGUCUCCAUACUGAUGUAUUUCCCUUAAAGCUGAACAAUAAAAAAAAUGUUGGUGUUA